AUGGGCGUGUCGGUGCGUUCAUGGAAGGAGUUCGGCAACACGAACAAGCUCCAGCUGCCCAGUGUGUCCAACCCCAACCUUCUCCUACAAAGGCUUCAGACCAAUGUGAUGCAUUGGUCUGGAAACUACCUCAUCAUCAGCGCUGUCAUCUUCGGCUAUGGGCUAUUCGCGGCUCCCCUCAUGAUCGUGGCGAUUGGAUUCGCGUUCCUGGCCUACUCGUACUUCAUGGUGAUCAAUGCGACCCCCAUGCGUGUUGGCGGCACUGAGCUCAACACGAAGCAGAAGAUCGGUGGCGUGGUGGCCAUCACCGCCUUCCUCUUCUUCAUCACGUCGGGCUUCACCAUCCUCUGGGUAGCCGGCAUCGCCUCCCUCGUGGUCCUGUUGCACGCGGCCCUGCGCCAGCCGUCGCUAGGCAGCAAGGUGUCGUCCUUCCUCGACCACUUCUCGCCCGACGGCACCGGCCAGGACCCUGUGACGCCCUUCCAGGAUGUCUCAGAAGCCAUUCAGGACAUGCAGGACGACGCUGACCAGCAGCAGGGGUCCAUGCGGCGGGAGGAGUGGGACGCCCAGCGCGAGCAGUACCACCAAUUCGCUUCACAGAUGCGGGCCGGCGGCUCACACAACGAUCCCAUCAUCCACACGCGGCAGACCAAGUACGACCUGGCCCCACAGGAGCCCAAGGACACCGUCUAG